AUGUCCAAUCCAGAGAUAAGCAAAAUGCUUGGCCCAACACAUGACGGUGAACGUUUCGAGCUCAACAACCCCACAGCAAUGCCCAAUGCCGGGGGCUUCCUUUGGAAUAAAAAGAUGAUGGUUCAGACCACCUGUCGGGGGUACUCGGUCGCACAAUUCAUGCAGCCAGAGCCGGCCAAGUACUCGCAUGCACCAAACCUCGAAGCAAAGACCUUUAUGCAACCCGAGCAAAACUACUAUAGUCAUCAUCCCGGGCGCUUUGUAUAUGUCAAGGAUGAGCUUUCCGGAAAUAUAUUCUCAGCGCCUUACGAGCCUGUACGGAAACCUUGUGACAAGUUUUCCUUUUCCGUCGGCAAAAGCGAUAUCAAGUGGACGAUACAACAUUUGGAAUUGGAAGUCAAAAUGACUUUUGGCAUUCCAACCAAUGAUGUGGUAGAACUCUGGACAAUACAAGUUCGAAACCUUUCUAAUCACCCUCGACAAAUCAGCAUUUAUCCUUACUUUACCAUUGGAUACAUGUCCUGGAUGAAUCAAGAAGCCGAAUUUCGCAGAGACUUGGGCGGCGUGGUUGCCACGAGCAUCACACCAUACCAAAAGCCCGAGGACUACGCCAAGAUCAAGAAUCUAAAAGACAAGACGUUUCUUCUCUGCGAAACUAUGCCAGACUCUUGGGAGACCAAUCAGCAGGCCUUUGAGGGGGAAGGGGGCUUACAUGAUCCAACAGCGUUGCGGUCACCUCUACUCCAGAAAGGCGACGCUCGAUACGAAGCCCCAGUAGCUGUCGUGCAGUAUCGGCUGAACCUUGAGCCUAACGAUCAGCGGCAACUCCGAUUCUUGUUUGGCCCAGCUUUUGACGACGCCGAGAUCACGUCCAUCAGACGGACAUACCUAAGUCAAGAAGCAUUUGCUCAAGCCUCGACAGACUAUGCAGCCUAUAUUGAAGAAGGAAGUGGCUGUCUGCGAAUCGAGACCCCUGACAAGGAAUUGGACAAUUUCGUCAACAAUUGGAUGGCCCGUCAAGUCUACUACCAUGGCGACGUGAAUCGUCUAACUACUGAUCCGCAAACCCGGAAUUACAUGCAAGACAACAUGGGCAUGGUCUUUAUCAAGCCAAAUGUCACAAGGAAUGCCAUACUCACGGCCCUCUCCCAACAGGAGCCAAACGGAUCCAUUCCAGAUGGCAUCAUACUCGUUCAAGGCGCGGAGCUCAAAUAUAUCAACCAGAUUCCACACACGGACCAUUGUGUAUGGUUUCCGAUUGUACUUGAUGCAUAUCUAGCAGAGACUGCAGAUUACAACCUGCUCCAGACCCAUGUCGUAACUCAAAAUGGGGACAACUUGUCCGUUUACGAGCGUCUGAGCCGCACCAUGGACUGGCUACUGUCAGAUCACUCACGAGAUGAUCGAGGACUCUCCUAUAUCGCCCAAGGAGAUUGGUGUGAUCCUAUGAAUAUGGCAGGGUGGAAAGGAAAGGGAGUGUCUGGUUGGCUUACAGUAGCCACUGCUUACGCCGUCAAGUUAUGGGCAGAUAUUUGCGACCAACGUGGAGAUGCAGCGCUGGCUGCCCACUACCGGCAUGGUGCUCAAAAGGUCAAUGAAGCCGCCGCCACUCAUCUCUGGGAUGGCCAAUGGUUUGCGCGGGGCAUCACCGAUGACAACGUCAUCUUUGGUGUUGACAGUGACCCUGAAGGUCGCAUUUGGCUCAAUCCUCAAGCUUGGGCUAUUCUUGGCGGUGCAGCAGGCCCGGACAAGAUUACCAAGAUGCUUGCCCAAAUUGACAAGCACUUGAGUACUCCUCACGGAGUGCUAAUGUUUGCACCACCCUUUACCCGAAUGCGAGAAGAUAUUGGUCGUGUAACACAAAAGUAUCCCGGCCAGGGAGAGAAUGGGUCCAUCUACAAUCAUGCCAGCGCAUUCUACAUCCACAGUCUCUAUUCCGUCACAGAGAGCGACCGGGCCUUUCGUGCUUUGCGCCAAAUGAUACCAGGUCCAAGCGAGGAUGAUUAUAUUCAGCGCGGACAACUGCCCAUUUUCAUUCCAAACUAUUACAGAGGUGCCCAUGAAAAGUACCCUCGUACAGCUGGAAGAUCAAGUCAAUUGUUCAAUACGGGCACGGUUUCAUGGGUUUACCGCUCUCUGGUAGAGGGGCUGUGUGGGCUGCGAGGCGAUUCACAAGGACUGUGCAUCAAUCCCCAGUUGCCUGCAUGGUGGAACGGCAUGAAUAUCACGCGGCGAUUCCGUGAAGCAACAUUUAUUGUUGAUAUACGUAGAAUCAAGGAUAUCAAGGCCGUGACAGUCGAGCAUGAGGGGCAGGUUUUACGUGAGAAUCGUUUCUCAAGCAUCGUGCCAGGCAAGACUUACCAUCUCCGCGUCUCGAUCCCAUUCACCAAUCACGGGGAUGGGCUCACUUUGACAGGUUAA